AUGGUGCUGAAAAGUGAGACCCCUGGGCUGGAAAGCACCUAUCAUAUUACCAGGGAUGAACGUGAACGUUUUUCAAGUAGCGAAGGCAUUUAUGACGUGGACGGGACAAAUCCAUCAGGACUCCCGCCUGCUGAUGUGGCUCCGAGCAAAAGGAAGCGUCUACGUUUUUCAACAACUAUUCACAAUAUCGGCACAUGGAAUGUUCGCGGCAUGAACAUAGGCAAACUCAAAAUCAUCAAGCAAGAAAUGCAAAGACUUCAUAUCGAUCUGUUGGACAUCAGCGAGCUUCACUGGACGGUCGAAAACAAGCCAGCAGACGUUUCAGUACCCACACGAUACGAAUAUCGUUCUAAGUCUGACAAUUUUCGACCAGUUAAUACACAGUUAUUAACGUCACGUCCGAAAUUCAUGGUCAUCACGUCACUUGCUACCUUAUUCAAUAACUGCUAA